CGUCAGCUGCGCAUCGGUCACAUCCCCGGCCCCCCCGCCGCAGGUUUCAUAAAUUCAUGAUCAAAGGGGCCUGGAUUUCGCCGUUACACACCGAUAUCUCCUUUUGUUCGUUUACCUGUUCGUCCUCGUCUGUUUUUUUUCUUUGCUAUGCGGGAAUUUCGAACACAGCGCAGCACAGGCGGCGGGGCGAGGUUGGUGGAUGAGUGACUGGUGGAUGGUGGGUGAUUGGAGGUGGGUGGUGCAGAGGGUCGGCAGUUGCGCGCCAAUAAUAACAACCGGUUGUCUGCCCGUCCCCAUCUCUUCUUUCCUCCCUUUUCCUUUGGGGCAAAUCUUUUUAACUUUUACUUUCGUUUUUAGGUUAUCAACCGGGUUGUUUUUUCUUUCUUUCUCUUUUCUUUUCUUUUUUUUCGAUGCUCAGUGCCAACAAUCACGGUCGGGUAAGGAUGCCGUAAGCACUGUAAUUCACUUGCCUUGCCUGCAGCAGCUCAACAACUUCCCGUGCAUAAGUGUCGAGAAAGUCAAGCAAGCAACCACGCACGCAAGCACGCAAGAAAGCCACACGCCACAAGCGUCUUGUCCGUACGUCUGUCUUCCCCUAACCGGGCCAACAUCGGGACGUUUUCAUCAAAGAGAGAGUCUCCGCUUCGCGAUCGUACGUACGUAGCACUCUACCCUGCAGGUGCCGGUGUCGCAUGAUGAGACGAGACAGACAAACCAUUCAUCCUCACCAAAAACAGCAAGCCGUCAGCUGUGCGCCGUAAAG